AGCAACGUCCAUAACUGAAAACAAUGCCCCCGUAUUCUCAGUUCAUUUUUCAAUCAAUCUUGAAAAUAACCACUUCUUAACUAACUUCCACGCCUUCUUCUUCUCUCUUUGCCCUUCCUCUCUCUUCUCUUUCUCACUCCACACACAACAAUGGCGCAGGUGAACCUCGACGGGAAACCAAUCACUCCGGUAUCGAUUUGCAUGAUCGGCGGCGGAGGAUUCAUCGGAUCACACCUAUGCGAAAAGCUAAUGUCCGAAACUUCUCAUACAGCCAUAGUCGUCGAUGUCUCCUCUGAGAAAAUCAAUCAUCUUCUCGAUAAGUCUCUUCCCUGGGCGAAGCGUAUCGAGUUUCAUCACAUGAACAUCAAGAACGAUUCGCGCCUUGAGACUCUCGUCAAAGCUUCCGAUCUCACUAUCAAUCUUGCUGCGAUUUGCACCCCGGCGGAUUAUAAUACGCGGCCGUUGGACACUAUUUUCAGUAAUUUCAUCGAUGCGAUUCCGGUGAUUAAAUUUUGCACAGAGAACAAUAAGCGUUUGAUUCAUUUUUCUACGUGUGAGGUCUUUGGGAAGACUAUAGGUAGCUUCCUGCCUGAGGAAUAUAGAAAGGACCCCCAAUAUUACAUGCUCAAAGAAGAUGUGAGUCCUUGUAUUUUUGGUCCAGUUCAGAAACAGAGAUGGUCUUAUGCAUGUGCAAAGCAAAUGACAGACAGACUAAUUUAUGCUGAGCAUGCUGAGAAUGGCCUGAAGUUCACUAUUGUGAGACCUUAUAACUGGAUUGGACCAAGAAUGGACUUCAUUCCUGGUGUGGAUGGCCCGAGUGAUGGUGUCCCCAGAGUUUUAGCUUGUUUCAGUAAUAAUCUCCUUCGCGGUGAGCCGCUCAAGCUUGUUGAUGGAGGACGUUCCCAGAGAACAUUUCUCUAUGUCAAAGAUGCAAUUGAGGCUGUAAUGUUAAUGAUUGAUAACCCUGAUAGAGCAAAUGGACACAUCUUUAAUGUGGGAAACCCAGACAAUGAAGUAUCUGUGAAGCAACUAGCUGAGCUUAUGAUAAAGGUAUAUGCCAAGGUGGCUGAUGUACCUGCCUCUAGUCUAUCAACUCUAGAUGUGACUUCAGAAGAAUUUUAUGGAAAAGGCUAUGAUGACAGUGAUAAGCGCAUCCCGGACAUGACAAUUAUCACUAAGCAGCUUGGUUGGAAGCCAAGGACAUCACUUGAUGAACUGUUGGAUUCUACCCUUCAAUAUCAACAUCAGACAUAUGCUCAUGCUAUCAAGAAAGAACUCUCAAACCCUUCAACUUGACUAACUUCAAAAUUGAAUUGGAGAUUCAGUUUACUUCUAAUUUUUAUGUAAACGUGUCACUGCCAUGUGAUGAGGCAAACUGACAAAUGUGUAUAUGAUACACUCAUUGUGAGAUCUAGCUCACAAGUCUAGUGUAUAUCUAUAGUCAUAUCUUCUGUUAAUUCUUCCUGUAACUCUAACUUUUUGAAUGAAAAUCCUUCCUUUUUUUUA